CCUCACUCUUCUGAAAUAUAUAAAGCCACAAGAGGUCUGAAGUUUUGUGUAAGGUGUAAGGUUUACCAGAGCAAAGAGGUGAACUGCACUAUUUUAAAACAUAAUAAUUAAAAAAAAUAUCUACAGGAGAUAAAAAAGGAGAAUUCAUACCUUUUGAUCUGAUCUCAGUUUUGAUUUAACUGAUUAAACAAUGGGGGUUGGACUGAUGAUAUCAGUUUCCUUGCUUCUAAUAGCCACAACAAUAAUGCCUGGCAGUAUCACCACAGCCCAAACAACAACAACCGCUGCCACAACUACCACUGCUCCUGUGACAACAACAACGGCUGCCACCACCACCACAACCCCAGCAACUACGACAACAACAGCUGCCACCAUCACCACAACCCCUGCCACAACAACAACGGCUGCCACCACCACCACAGCGGCCACCGCCACCACAACCCCUGCCACAACAACAACAACAACGGCUGCCACAACUACCACUGCUCCUGUGACGACAACAACAACGACUGCCACCACCACCGCAGCCCCAGCAACUACGACAACAACGGCUGCCACAACUACCACUGCUCCUGUGACAACAACAACGGCUACCACCACCACCGCAGUCCCAGCAACUACGACAACAACGGCUGCCACCACCACAACAGAGGCCACUACCACCACAACACCUGCCACAACAACAACGGCUCCCACUACCACCACAGCACCAACUACAACAACAACAGCUGCCACCACCACAACCCCCACCAACCACGACAACAACGGCUGCCACAACCACCACAACCCAUGCCACAACAACAACAACAACAACAACGGCUCCCACUACCACCACAGCACCAAUUACAACAACAACAGCCACCACCACCACAACAGCGGCCACCAGCACCACAACCCCUGCCACAACAACAACAACAACGGCUCAAACUACCACCACAGCACCAACUACAACAACAAUAGCUGCCACCACAACAACCCCAGCAACUACGACAAUACCGGCUGCCACCACAACCACAACCCCAGCAACUACGACAACAACAAGAACAGAAGACAAGCUGACUUGGUGUUGGAACAAGAAAGUACAGGUGUCAGGGGGCGGAUUAAGAGCAGACUUGACAUGGGAGCUCCUUGCAGUCAGCACAGCACCCCUUCUCAUGAUGAUGAUGAUGAGGACAAUGAUGAGCCCCUGACUUUUGUGGAAUAUUUAUGCUGUAUAGAACUUCCAGAAGAACAAGAACAAUCUAGAGCUUUGUGCGAUGGUGGAGAGACCUGUUUUUCAACACCUGUCCAUCCACACCACAGACCCCAGCCGCAGCAUCACGAGCUGGCUGUGUGCCCUGUACAGCUGCAGUUAGCGCUGCCUCAGCCAGAGGGUUCUGCACCUUCUGGUCCUGCGUCUGCUGCCACUGGAGGGACCGUUCAGCCGUCUGUUUUCGCUGGAGGGUCCGAGGAGCCCGUCCAGCUAUCAGCUCCGCCAUCAUCUCACUUGCCUGCAGCCGCUAUACCACCACCUUCUCAAUUGUUCACAGCUACCACGCCACCGCCAUCACCAGCGCCUGUGGCAGCAACACCGUCGCUCGGACCUGCUCAGUCUGAGCCUGAGGUCUGCGCAGUCAAGGGAUCCGCUGUGCCUGAGUCCAACGCCUGCGUGCUGGAGGGAUCUGCUUUGCCCGAGCCGGAAGUCUGCGCGCUGGAGGGACCUGCUCUGCCAAGCCGGAGGUCUGCACGCCGGGGGUCUGCGAGCAGCCCAUGCCUGCGCCCGAGGAUGUUACGCCACCUGGCCGGCCCUGCAUACCGGCCGUUUACCAAGCUGCCCGUCAGUCUUUUGCCGCCGGCACAUCCACGUACAGCACGACCUGCAUGGCCGGCACAUUCAACACGGCUGGUACGUCCAGCACGUCACAGUUCACCUACUAUGGCGGGUUGCUGCCACCGGACCUGCAGCUGUCCACCAGAGCUGCUAUGUCGCUGCUGCUGGAGCAGGCCACCUAAACUGUUUUGCCACUGCUGGACCUACGGCAGGCUGCCUGAAAGAUCGGGCCUACACGAGAGAUCAGCUACAGCAACCACAGCAGCAUCACAAACAACGACAACAGUCACAAAAAACAACUACUACUGCAGCUCCUGCAACAACCACGACAACCACACUGGCCAUUACAAUGGCACCAACAACCAGGAUAGCAGCACCAACAACCACAACAACCACAUCAACCACCACCACUGCAGCACCAACAUCGACCGCAGUCCCACUAACAAUCACCACAACCACACUGACCAAGACAUCAGUACCAAAUACCACUACUGUGUUACAGGCAAGGCUGUGCACCUACUUUGUGGAAAAAAAGACUGUGUCUAA